GUGAUCCGUGGCCAAGAAGAACCCGGGAAAGGUGCAGAGCAACAUGAACCCAAGACCCAGGAGAGACCUCAAGUGCAGAAGAUGAGACAGCUGCUGUCCCCAAAGUCCCUGUUAACGCCAACCUUACUGCAGAACAUGACCCUCCUGGAGCUGGUGAGCAGCUCACGGGAGUUGUGGGAUAUCCUGGAUAACCUGUCCGAGCAGGACCACGCUCCACACCCCAGAGGACAAAGGGACUUGGGGCCAGCCUCAGGCAAGCUUAAAAAAAUUUUUGGCUGGGGAGAUUUCUAUUCCAAUAUCAAGACAGUGAAGUUGAACCUCUUGAUCACUGGAAAGGUGGUUGAUCACGGCAACGGCACCGUCAACGUCUUCUUCCGACACAACUCUACCGGGCAAGGGAACAUCUCCGUCAGCCUCGUCCCCCCCACCAAGGCAGUGGAGUUUGACCUGGAGCAACAGAUCUUCAUCGAGGCCAAAGAAUCCAAAAUCUUCAACUGCCGCGUGGAGUACGAGAAAGUGGAUCGUGCCAAGAAGACCACACUCUGCACUUAUGACCCAUCUAAGACCUGCUACCACGAGCACACCCAAAGUCACGUCUCCUGGGUCUGCUCGAAGCCCUUCAAAGUCAUCUGCAUCUACAUCACCUUCUACAGCAUAGACUACAGGCUGGUGCAGAAAGUGUGUCCCGACUACAACUACCACAGCGACGUACCCUACUACCCCUCGGGAUGA